GCUAUAAGAACUUCGUGGACUACGUCCGGUCUUCUCCACUUCGGCUCUACUCUUGGCUUCUCUCUCCGCGCGAUGCCGCCACUAAACAACCGCGCCGCCCUCACCCGCUUCGUCCCCUCGUCCAUCCUCCUCCUCCUCGUCCUCCUCCUCGCCAGCUACCUCGACUUCUCCUCCCCCUUCCGCUCCUCCUCCUCCGCUGCCGCCUCUUUCGCCGCCGCCGCCAGGCCUAUCCCCGACACCCCGGAGGCGCCAACCGCCAACCUCUCCUCCGCCGCCGCCAACGACAAACCGCCUGAGCCCUUCACCGACCUCGCCGCUGCCUUCGCGAGAUGGGACGAGGAGGUCGGCUGCGACCGGUUCCGGGAGAAGCACCGCAACUGGACGGCCGACGCUUCGGCGAUCCAGGACGCCGAGGCCGGCGACUGCUCGACGCUCGGGGCCAGGCACGUCAGCGUUCUGGUGAAGAGAGGGGGUUGGAUUCCGGACGAGAUGGAUAACCUGUACUCCUGCCGCUGCGGGCUGACCUGCCUCUGGACCAAAUCCGACACCCUCGCCGACAAGCCCGACGCCGAGCUCUUCGAGGGAUGGAUGCGACCUCCGCAGACGAGAAGAAAAGGAGAACCCCUUCGCGCUUAUCUCGACAUCGAGGCCAGCAGGCAAAGAACAGGAUUCGAAGACAUAUUUGUGGGGUAUCAUUCCAAGGAUGAUGUCCAGUGCACAUAUCCAGCGUCCAUGUUUCGCAAAUUCCGGAGCUACCGUGUCUCUCCUGUGAAAAGAAAUGACACCCUCGUCUACUGGUCUUCCUCAAGGUGCUUCCAGUUUCGGAACGAACUCGCCGCCAAUUUCUUCGCCAACAUCUCCCACCACUCCUUCGGAGGGUGCUUGAACAGCGUAGGGGGAACUGAUGCUGCGCUCGCCUUCUACCCCGAGUGCAAGACGGAGAUGAUGGCGGAGCCACACUGGUGGGAUCAUCUGCACUGUGCCAUGUCGCACUACAAGUUCGUCCUGGCCAUUGAGAACACCAAGACGGACAGCUACAUCACCGAGAAGCUCUACUACGCACUCGACGCCGGCGCGGUGCCCAUCUACUUUGGGGCGCCGGACGUGGACAGCUUCGUCCCGCCGCAUUCCAUCAUCGAUGGAUCCAAGUUUGCGUCAAUGGAGGAGCUGGCUUCGUACGUGAAGGCCGUGGGAGAUGACCCCGUUGCCUACGCGGAGUACCAUGCUUGGAGGAGGUGCGGCGUGAUGGGGUACUACGGGAAGAACCGCGCCACCAACCUGGAUGCGCUGCCGUGCCGGCUGUGCGAGCAUGUGAGCAGGAAAGGUGGAAGAGAGGCUGCAUGAUGGCAGAGUGAGUUCUUCGGAGCCAUGUCGUGCUCAGAGUUUGGAAGAAAGGUGUCGAUCAUGUUGGAUUUCUGGCUGUUUACCGUUUUGCUCAAUUGUGAUGGGACGAUCUGCUGUGAUCGAAUUCUGAAGCUAUUUGUUGAUUGGAAUAAAAAUAAUAAUC